AUGGUGAUGGUCAAAAAGAAGCAGAGAAGGAGACGGAAAUUGGAGCCGAACAUCCGGCUGUCGUUGUCGUCAAAUCGCUUUUGGUGCUUCUUUACACCCAGCCACCACCACUCUGCACGCUGGCGCUGUAGGCCAGACAUGGCCACCGCCCUCCCUAACGUUCAGCUAUCCUAUGGACCCAUGUUGCUGGGCGUUUUCGUGAAUAUGAUACUCUAUGGGGUUUUCAUCACACAGGUUUUCACCUACUACAAGCUGGACCACAAAGACGGCGCGUGGAUGCGCUGCUUUAUCCUCUAUCUCUUGGUUCUAGAGACUCUCAACACUGCGUUCGACAUGGCUAUGAUGUACCAACCACUCAUUCUGGAGUACGGUCAUGGCACGAAAUACUUUCCUACCAUGUUUCCAACAGAGCCGCUCAUGAUUGUUCUGAUCUCAACACCCAUCCAAAUAUUCUUUGGCUGGAGAAUACGCACCAUCACCCACCUCUCGUCAAUUCCUCUCCUUAUAUCUCUCUUUGCGCUGGCCUCGCUCGCAGGCGGGCUCUGGACCACUGCCCGAAUAGCCAUCUUACAAGAGUUCUCGAAGAAGCCGUUAUUACAUGCGCCGGCCUUACUCUGGUUUCUCGCCAGUGCUGUCUCCGAUGUCCUUAUCACCAUCUCACUCGUCCUAACCCUCUCUCAUCGCAAGACUGGCUUUGCUGCGACCGACACCGUCAUUGACAAGAUCAUCAGAACAACGAUCCAGACGAAUCUAAUCACCGCCAUAUUCGGCAUACUGGACGUCAUAUUCUUCAUGGUCUUUCCGCAUUACGCGCUCAACUUCAUUUGGGACCUUGCGCUCAGCAAACUCUACUCCAACGCCCUUCUCAGCACGCUCAAUGCCAGAUUAAAACUCGGCGCGAUAUCGACCGCUACCAGCAGGCCCACUCCCCCAACAGAUCUGACCUCAAAUGCGCUGGUAUUUGAGGAUAUGGCCGAACUGGGGGAGGCCACAACGACAAGCAAGUUCGAGAGCGACGAGCUGCAUACCGAAGUCAAAGACGAGAGCAUUGCCGAAAUCGUCGAGACGCCACGACAGUUACCCAUCUAA